AUGAGUUCAGAAGAUCAGUUUACUUCAGUUCAGUGGGAUAGAGAGGAUUUAGGGAAAGAGCAGGCCCAAAUGGCGCCAAAGAUCGACUCCAUCACAGAAGAAUCUGGUUCCAGACGCAACUCCGAGGGCAAGGAGAGUGACGUAGUCGAAACAAGCGAAGCACAUGACGACACAGCUGGUGGUGGAAAUGUAGCAUCUUAUUCCAAGGAAGAUAGUGCUCAUGAGUCUAAUGGAGAUGAUCCUGGUGCAUCGUUACUUAUUUCUGGAGAUGUCCAGGGUCACACCAGUCAAGAGCCCAGCGAAAGAGGGGACGAAAUUGAGCCAAGUGGCAAAGACGUUGGAAGAGAAGCAGGUGCUGCCCUGGAUGUGGCAGAUGAGGAAACUACCACUUCGAGGGCUCCGGUGGAUACUACACUCUUUGACAAGUACAAGAUAGAAGUCUCAGCCACUCAUCCUAGCAGGGAUUUGGAUGCAUCAUCAAAACCAUUCAUUUCCUACUUGGUGACAACUACAACGGAUAACCCCAAUGUGCUCAAGCUUAUCAAAGAUAAGAAAGUAGAUGGUGACGAUGAGAAAUACCGUACAUUUAGCGUUCGCCGAAGAUAUGGAGACUUUCGGUACUUGUACGAGAGUUUAACCAAUGAUUUCCCCACGGUUAUGAUUCCUCCCUUGCCGUCAAAGCUGAAUAUAAAGUACUUGACGGGUGAUACUUUUAGUCAUGAAUUUGUGCACAAGCGAUUGCACUCAUUGGACAGAUUUUUGAGAUUUAUUGUCCAGCAUCGCGUGUUGUCGCAACUGUCCAUUUUCCAUUUGUUCAUUAGUGAUUCUAAUGACUGGAAUACAUUUACAACGUCUUUAAAACUUAAGGAGUUGAACAUUAAUGGCGAGCAAGGCGGGUUGGUGAAUAAAGUUGUUAAUGAGGAGUUGAUUACUGAGAAAUUGAUGAAUUUCCUCACAUCUUCCAAACACAAGAAGGAGACAAACCGGGAUAUUUUGGAGAUUAAUGACAAGUUGAAGAAGUUGUAUGAGAAUUUGCUCAAGUUGGAUCGUAUUUUCACAAAGUUGAAUCGAAAGAAUCGUGAUUUGAAAAGUGAUUAUGAACAACUCCUGAAGCAGAUUUUAAAAAUUUCCAAUUUACAAACUGAUCAGAAGGAAGAUACUGCAAUCACGUCUAAUUUCAAGAUAUUUGCAGAAGCACUUGAUUUUUUCCUGGAUUCAUGGGGACUGUUGUAUACCUACAUGGAUGAAUCGUUUUUAGUUCUGUUAAAGGAUUGUUCAAAGUACAUUAUUGGUCUUACGAAUUUGAUUGAGUUGCUACAUAACAAAAAGAUUGAUUUGCAGGUGUUGCAAGACUACUUGAACAAGAGCAGACAUGAGUUGGACAAUGCACAGGGGCAUGGUCAUCAUCACCACAACCACAACCACAACCACAACCACCCACAAAGCAAUCAAACUAGUAGUGGUGGCCAUGGCGGUAUUGUGAGUAGUACAACCCAAUUGAUCAAAGAUACAAUAUCAACGUCGGCAACCUCAAAUAUAGGAUCAAGUGCCACCGAUUCCAAAAUCCACAAAUUGCAGACCAAAGUGCACGAAUUGGAGAAUGAAAUUGAACUGCAAAUUAAAUUGAUUAAUGAAUUCACUGAUCGGAUCAUCAAUGAGGAAUAUCCGAACUGGGAACGGUUUAAUAAAUUGGAGUUGAAAAACUCCAUGCUUGGGUUGUGUGAUAAACAGAUUGAUUUUUACAAGGGAUUGGUUGAUAAUUGGAGUGAUGUAGAAGCGAAACUUUCGAAACGGUUAGAUGAGUUGAAUUGA